ACCAGCAUUAAAGGCACAGGCAACAUAAACAGCAACAGUGUGUUCAGAGCUAUUCUAUCAGGGCUAUUCUGAAAGCUAUAAUAAAUAAUCUGAUGGGUGUUUUGAGCUGAAACUUUACAGACACAUUCUGGAGUCACAAAAGACUGAUCUUAAAUCCGGGAAAAGGGUUAAAAUAGGUGCCCUUAGAGCAAUAUUUGCUUUAGAUUGUCUACAGAACAAGCCACUGCUAUACAAUGACCUGCCUAAUUACCCUGAUUACCCUAGUUAAGCCUUUCAAUGUUACUUUAGGCUGAAUACUAGAGUCUUGAAGAAUAUCUAGUCAAAUAUUAUGUGCUGUCAUCAUGGCAAAGAUAAAAGAAAUCAGUUAUUAUUAGAAAUAAGGUAUUAAAACUAUCAUGUUUAGAAAUGUGUUGAAAUAAUCUUCCGUUAAACAGAAAUUGAGGGGUGGGGGAUAUACAGGAGGGCCAACAAUUCGAGCUUCAGUUGUCAGGUUUCUUCAUCUGUAUCAAUCACAUGCUAUUUUUUAAUGGCUCGCAGAAAUGUAAUUUAAGAUCAGAGAGUUCAAAGUCAGCAUAUAUAUAUAAGACUGAUCUCGUGACAGAUUCGAGUCCAAAGAUUUGUAAUGCUUCAAGAAGCUCAUUGAAAUCCCCCAUUACUUCAGUAUCCUGCAGUGAUCACAGAGAUAACAUGUAUGCAGCACUGAAAUGGGCUUUUUUGCCUUUUGCAAGAACCCUUGCAAAGCUGCACUACAGUUCUGGAGUCAGCAUCAAGCUUCUGCCCAGUUAUAAGUGCUCAUUUGAAGACCCGGUGCAUGUGACGGUGAGCGGCUUAAAUCCUCAUCAACGUGUGGAUCUGCGCUCCAAAAUCACGGAUGAAGGUGGACGUGAUUUCAAAGCUUCAGCGAUCUAUCAAGCAGAUGACAAUGGCCAAAUUGACCUCAAGCGCGACUCUUCUGCUGGCGGGAGCUUUUCUGGAGUGGAACCGAUGGGUUUAUUCUGGGCUCUGAAAGCAGAUUUAUUAAGCUGCAAGUUCAGGCUGAAAGAUGUGACGCGUCCAGCUCUAGUUGACAUUGAGGUUAUCAGUGAUGAUGAUAAAGUCCUGGCCAAAGUAACCAACGAGAGACACUGCCUGAGCGAGGGCGUCCGGAGAAGUCCUGUCACCGAAGGAAGGAUCAGAGGGACUCUUUUCAUGCCAGCUGGUAAAGGACCAUUUCCUGGGAUUUUGGAUACAUACAUACUUAAAGGAGGUCCUUUUGAGUUGAGAGCAGCUCUGCUGGCAAAGAAAGGCUUUGCAGUUUUAGCCUUGGCCUACCAAAAUUACCAGGAUUUACCCAAAAAAGCUGACAAAUUUCACCUUGAGUACUUUGAAGAAGGUCUAGAUUUCCUACGGCGACAGCCAGAGGUGAAAGGUCAAAAAAUCGGCCUUCUGUCCAUAUCAAAGAGUGGAGAUCUCGCUUUGUCCAUGUCAACAUUUCUGCCUGAUAUAACAGCUACUGUUUGGAUCAACGGAUGCAAUGCCAACAGCGUUGUCCCGCUGUACUAUAAACACAUGUGUAUUCCACCUCUGAUGUUUGACUUAAAAAAAAAAAAACCAACAGCAUCAGGCCUCGUGGAUAUGCUAGAUGUUAUGAAUGACCCGAUGUCUAAAGAAGGUCUUCCUACUGUUAUUCCCAUCGAGCGUGCCCCUGCUAGUUUCAUGUUCAUCGCUUCAGAAGAUGACAUGAACUGGAGGAGCGUCUAUCAUGCAAAGUUAGCAUGCGACAGGCUCAAAGCUCAUGGGAAAAAUAACUAUGAGCUGGUGAAGUAUGAAAAAGCUGGUCACUUUAUUGAGGUGCCCUACAUGCCAUUUUGUCUGGCCACUUUUCAUGUUGUUCUUGAGCAAGCGGUUUUAUUUGGCGGGGAACCCAAAGCUCAUUCAGAAGCACAGGUGGACGCCUGGCAGAGGGUUAUCAGAUUCUUUAAAAAAACACUGAGCAGCUGAGCUGUAAGGGAAUAUACAGCAAACAUCAUAGCCAUGACAUCCAAUCAGAGUGUUGGCCUGAACAUCCCUUUAGAUUGCAGUGCUAAAUAUAUCAUCACACCAGUAAUCUUAUGCUUUCAAGGUUACUGAUGCUUAAAUAUUGAAAUGAUUUCUGCAAAAUUGAUAUGGGCUGAAUUUAAACAUUCAUUCAUUCAUUUUAUUUUCAGCUUAGUCCCUUUAUUAAUCUGGUGUCGCCACAGCGGAAUGAACCUCCAACUUAUCCAGCAUAUGUUUUACACAGGGGAUGCCCUUCUUUCUGCAACCCAUCACUGGAAAACACCCAUACACUCUCAUUCACACUCAUACACUACUGACAAUUUAGCUGAUUCAAUUCACCUAUAACGCAUGUGUUUGGACUGUUGGGGAAACUGGAGCAGUGAAAACAUGUAAACUCCACACAGAAAUGCACACUGACCCACUCGGGACUCAAACCAGCGACCUUCUUGCUGUGAGGCGACCAGCAAUAAAAUAUCCUACUGAAUUAUUCUUCAAAAAUGAUCAUCUAGCAAUGAAACAUGAAGUUUAUGAGUGAAUAACUGAAUCAUUUAUUGUAAAUGAGACUGGGCUGUACACAUGAUAAUGUCAGAUUUCUAGAUUAGCGUUAUCAGCAUCAGUAGUAGUAACAGUGAAUUUUUACUGAAUAUUUUACAGUUUAUUUUUAUUCAGCUGAUUAUUUCUUCAUUGUAUUUUUAAUUAAAUUACAGCUUCAGUUCUGUUUGCUAAAACCAAAAGUGUCUCGCAGUGCUGUUUCUGUAAUAAACAGAAAGCAAAUGA